AUGCAAGAUUUCCAAGUUUUCCUAAGCAUUUUCGCUACUCUAUUCCUUUUCUACUAUUCAGCUCAUAGAAACGUUAUGAACAGAUACAAGAUUGAUGUCCCAAAUCUGCAAUGA